GAAUGACUGACAAAGAUUUUGUGACUGGUCUUUUCAAAAAUCUUGAACUUCAACAACAUAGCAAGGAACAUAGAAAAUAAAACAGACCACCCGAAACAGAGCAAGUAAAGAAACCGAACACAAAAAAGCAGAGCACAAAACUGAAUUUUCUUUUAUUUAAGGCCGAUAGAUUUUAUGGGGCUAAUACAAAAAGCCCAAUAUGUCACUGACUAGUAUAUGUGGGGCUGGAUUCACCACAACCGCGGAAAAAAGUGAGAGAGAUAAAUUCGCACAAGCAAAUCGGAGUUACUAUGUGGACCGUGAAACCGGCGGCGAUGCCGGUUCAAUUUCAUAUGAGACCCACCGUAGCAACUUCCGUCGCCUAUUCACAGCCACCACCACAUAAUUACGACGGAAUCCACCGUCGAUUCAUUAACGUUCCGACGAAAUCACAAACUUCCGAAUCCGUCGGCGGAUUAGGCCAACAAAUCCUCCUCCGCACCGUCGAUUCGAACCCAAGAAAACCAAUCCCGAAGGAGACAGAGAUUAGCGGAUCAGACGUGCUCUGGGCGAUUCAGAGAGCGACGGCUCAGAGGAAGAGAACAAACGCCGGUAAAAAGAAGACGAAGAAUCGGCUCAGCGGUGUGGAGCUAUCAUCCUCUGCGGGCGAGCCCACUGGAGAUAACGGUGUUGAUUACAGUAACGUGACGCCGUUAAGGAUCAAGAGUGAUUGGGGUCACAGAUUAGAGGAAUUCGAGAAGCUUCUCAAAGAGUUUCAAAACACGGAACUUUGACUUUGACCUUUUUCCUUUGCCACAUCACAUAUAUUAAAUCCACAAAGUAUUUUUCUGUAAAUUUUCCAAUUUUAAUUUGUACAUGUAAAUUUUCCAAUAUCGUUAUUGUGUUAACGAGUACUCUGUAAAAUUUAUGAAAAUAUCGGACGAGCAUGUAAAUGAUUAUUGUCAUUAGUAAG